UUCCGUGAGAGACUUCCGCGUGUGGGGCCGUUUGGACGUCCUGGUACCGCGUUGAGUCCAGGAGAAGCCAGCUCCUCCCCGCCCACCCGGAACCCGCCCCGCGAUGCCCGCCCCGCAGUGCUUCUCUUGCCACGCGGCCCGCGCAGCCCUCCGCCGCCCGCGCUCCGGCCAAGCGCUGUGCGGGCCCUGCUUCUGCACCGCCUUCGAGGCCGAGGUGCUGCACACGGUGCUGGCGGGCAGCCUGCUGCCACCUGGCGCCGUGGUGGCCGUGGGCGCCUCCGGCGGCAAGGACUCCACGGUGCUAGCGCACGUGCUGCGCGAACUAGCGCCGCGCCUGGGCGUCUCGCUGCGCCUGGUGGCGGUGGAUGAGGGCAUCGGCGGCUACCGGGACGCGGCGCUGGCUGCGGUGCGGCGCCAGGCCGCGCGCUGGGACCUCCCGCUCACCGUCGUGGCCUAUGCAGACCUCUUCGAGGGCUGGACGAUGGACGCUGUGGCCCGCAGCAUGGCCGGAACCGGCCGCAGCCGCGCCUGCUGCACCUUCUGCGGGGUGCUGCGGCGCCGCGCGCUGGAGGAAGGGGCGCGCCUCGUGGGAGCCACACACAUCGUCACAGGCCACAACGCCGACGACAUGGCCGAGACCGUGCUCAUGAACUUCCUGCGGGGCGACGCGGGGCGGCUGGCCCGGGGCGGGGGCCUGGGCUCGCGCGGCGAGGGGGGCGCCCUGCCGCGCUGCCGCCCCCUGCAGCUGGCCUCGCAGAAGGAGGUGGUGCUGUACGCGCACUUCCGCCGCCUCGACUACUUCUCCGAGGAGUGCGUCUACGCGCCCGAGGCCUUCCGCGGCCACGCGCGCGACCUGCUGAAGCUCCUGGAGGCGGCGCGGCCGUCGGUGGCGCUGGACCUGGUGCACUCGGCGGAGCGCCUGGCCCUGGCCCCGGCCGCGCGGCCCCCGCCGCCCGGCGCCUGCUCCCGCUGCGGGGCGCUGGCCAGCCGCUCGCUCUGCCAGGCCUGCGCCCUCCUGGACGGCCUGCAGCGCGGCCGGCCCCGCCUGGCCAUCGGCAAGGGCCGCGGGGGGCGCGACGAGGAGGGACCGCCAGGGCCGCCGCCCCCGCCGCCCAGCGACCCCCGGUCUGCGCCGUGCCCCGCCGCCGGGGAGUGCGGGGCAGCCUGUAAGGAGCGCUGCGAAUAAACCCUCUCCGCCUGGGCCCUGCCACCGGUGACCCUGCAGAAGGGAGGAGAGGCUAGAGGCCUGGACUCCUGGGUCUGAGGGAGGAGGGCCUGGGGGGCUGGGGGCCAGGACUCGGAGGUCUGAGGGAGGAGCGCUGGGGGUGGGGGGUGCUGGAGAAGGUGGAACUGAGGCAAGAACUCUAGGGUCUGAGGGAGGAGGGGCUGGAGACCAGGAGAGAAUUCAACAACUUUCCUUUCUGGAGCCAAUAGGAAUAGGGGGAUUGCUUGCCUAGUACUCUGCCCGGUUCUGGGCAUGCUCAGGAGAGUCCUAACCCUUCUUCAGAACCUACUAUGUGACAUAUUUGCCGGUAUCGGGAUAAGCAAAACCGCUUCUCUCCAUGGGCUCUCUCCUGCCUGGAAAUCAGGAUGCUUCUCUGAGCGCUCUACACACUGCGGGCGCUGCCCCGUCUGAUUUCAUCCACACCACAGUCUCGGGGACUGCAGCCUGGGGCUGGGUGACUGGCCUGAGGUCGCCGCGCUGGAGUUUGUCCCUCCACACCAGGUGGUCGGUGGGUGUUUAGAUUUUGCCUGUGGUUCAGCACUACGCUACAGAAAUAUAAUGUGCGUCAAAUGUUAACUUUAAGUUUUCUAAGAGCCAUAUUUUUUAAAGGGCAGGGGAACAGGUGAUCUUUUAAUAAUAUAUUUUACUUGACCCAAAUAAACAUAUUUGACCUAAAUAUCCCAGA